AUGACUAGUUAUUAUCGGUACAGCUCUCAUGGUGAAAGAGCGUUUACUAUUUACAUGAAUGACGGAGAAAAAUAUCAGAUUGAGGAAUGGGUUAAACGAUACCCUAACAUUGAAACGAGAGGAGAUCUGUUUGGAGCAUGGAUCGAUGAUCGUACAGCUGUCGUCCAAUGAAUUAUCAGUAAUCAGUUCUUUCGACUGAGGAACAAAACACGUUCUACGAUUUAAAUACAAUAGACUAGUUAGUAAACAAGCUAGAACACUAUCAAAAAAGAUACUCAAUUGUCCUCUUGGGCAAGUUCUUCCACUCUUAAUUCUGCAGCCACUGCUGCAUCUCGCUUCGGACGAAAUGACUUAGCUUCAGGAUCUAGUUUGACGUCCUUCGACGGUUUCUUCGCCUCGCACUUUAACUCGAGAGGAUAGAGAUGUUGGACCGCUCGUUCUAGGUGAGAUCUUCCGCAACCCAAGUUGACUGCUCGAACGAUCCCGUCACGUCCAAGGAAUAACUCUUCUACGACACCGAGUGGCCACUUCCCUCGAUUCUUUUCGUCGCUACGCACGAUAACUACGUCACCGACCGCGGGAGAAAUGAACUUUUCUUUCCGAUUGCUGUUGUGCCGUUCACGUAAUGCCUUCAAAUACUCCCCAGUCCAGCGUUUCCAUAGUGCGUUCUUACAUGAGCGUAAGUGCUUUGCUCGCUUACGAAGAUUCGCAUCUUCUUCUCGCCAAGGUUCCUGCUCGGGAAGACGACUCGUCCGUUGGUAAAUAAACGCAGAAGGAGUUAGGAGAGGAAGGUCAAUAUCUUCUUCUACGUAGGACAGGGGACGGCUGUUCAAUUGAAUUUCGACAUCGAGAACCACAUCCGCAAGCUCAUUCCACGAAAGCGUACCUCCCCCAACGCACUUGUAAAAGGCACGCUUCAAGAUCUCCACCAAUCUCUCAAACUGUCCACCCCACCAAGGGGCACGACUUAAAUUAAAUUUCCAGUGAAUCUGCUCAUCUGCCAAAUAGCCUUGAAGCUGCUCGUCCUUUCUAACUUGUUUCAGCCAUCUCGCAGCCCCGAUAAAUGUACCACCGUUGUCAGAUAUCAUCUUCACUGGCCGACCCCGACGAGCGAUCAAACGCUUAAGACUGCCCAGAAAGGUUGUUGUCUCGAGAUUAGGAAGGAUUUCCAGAUGCAAGGCCCUUGAUAAACUGCACGCGUACAGAACCAAGUAUGCUUUCCCUACAACUCGUGGAGACUUUCGAUAACGAAUGAGGCCUGCAAAAUCCACGCCAACGAUUUCAAAGGGCGCAGAGCCCUCAGUUCUUCCCUUGGACAAAAGGCCGGGAGGAGGGACAGCGAGUGCCCGAGCUUGAAAGCGUUUGCAUCCCCAACACGACUUAAUCACUUUUUUCGCAAGUUUCCGCAGUCGAGGAACCCAGUAUUUUUCACAGACACGAGCCAUGGUGAGGCCGACCCCGCCAUGUAUCGUAUGGCAGUGCUCGCGUUGAACUAGUUUCUCUGUGAACAAACUCGUAUCUGGCAGGUAUACAGGGUAGUGACCUUGAAUUCGACCACGGCACUCGAGUAUCCCACGUUCGUUGGCUUGAAGAUUUAGUUGGAGUUUGUCAUCCGGAAACUUCAGCGAGGUUUCUGCACGGGAUUGAACUGGUCGUAUCCACCACUCCAUCUGUGACUCUAGCUCAACUGACGUAAGAGGACCACUAGCAGCUGGGAUACCACAACAUUUGUCUAGAAAUCUCUUCAUCAGUGCACAAACUCUUAACGUUUUCUUCAGGUUGCCUCGCUCGAGAAGAUCGUCAAAUUCAUCCCUUUCGCUCACUGUCACGUUAGCAAUCACUUCACGAAUUAGUUUACUCUCUGCUGCCGACUCUGGACUUGGUUUCGUAAACAGGAUUCGUGGGCCACAUUUCAGGACUGGACAACCACGACGGUCCGUUCCACCAUAGUUCGUUGUUAACCAAGCCACCACGACUUGCUAAAUCUGCGGCAUUUUCUCCUGAAGGAACAUGUCUCCACGCGUAGAUGUUGUGUUCCAGGAUCUUUCAAAAGCGACUCCCUACGAACUGACGGUAGUCCCCAUUUCCACAGAUCCAAUGCAAGGCCACAGUGGUAUCGGUCCAACCGUGUACCGAGACGACCGGGAAACCUUCAAGAGCACGCCGCAAGUUAUCUACGAUAUUUGCUGCCAUGUGUGCAGCAACCAACUCCAGUCGAGGAAUAGUGAGACCUUGCUUCGCUAAUCUGGAUUUGGCGGCUACCAGGCUUUGCGUUGUACCACUUGGCUGAGGAACUACGGCAUAAACUGCAGUAGAAACUCCAUGACCGCUUGCGUCGCCGAACGAAUGCAGCUCUAUCGCUUCGAUCAGUUCACGAUAUGUAGCCAAACUCCGGGGUGUUGAUAUGAUAGGAGGCAGGUUACAUUCCCACGUUUUCCAACGCUUCGCUAAGUUCUCUGGCAAUGGACCAUCCCACGGUAGUUUUCUCUCACAUGAAUCGCGAUACAUCAGAUUUCCUUGGAGCAAGAUGGGGGACGCGAGUCCAAGUGGAUCGUAAAUACUCGCCAGCUUUGCAAGAACUUCUCUUUUUGUUGACACGUCUUGAUUUGGGGGGAAAAUCACACUCAACGUAUCGUUCCGUUUGUCCCAAGCCACACCAAGGAGUUUACCGCCACUUUCAGAGGAUGGAGGGAAUUGUUGCUUGGCAUAGGUUUGGUCAGUGUCACUUUGUGAGGAAGGUUGAUUCAACUCAAGCUCAGGAGCAUUCGAAUUCCACUUGUGGAGCUGAAACGAAGCAUCUUCAAAGAUGGUGAUAGCAUCGUGCUUCAGAUCACUUGCUGAGGACACAGAAGAGGCACCCGAUAUAAGAUCAUCUACGUAAAGAUCCCGAGAAAUUUCGUUAACUUGAUCUGGUAAUCUCGGCGCCCAAUUAGCCAAAUGCUGCUCUAUCACUCCUCCUAACAGAAACGGAGAAGACACAAACCCAAGUAAUGCUCGCGUAAAUCUUAACGACACAACUUCGUUCGAAUUAAUGUUCCUUAGCCAGUGGAAUCGUAGAGCAUCGCGAUCUUCUUCUCGAAUACGCACCUGGAGGAACGCUUUCUUCAUGUCUGCAGCGAGGAUUACGGGACGGGAUCUACCGCGGACAAGGUCGUCCCAUAACUUGUUCUGAAGAGCUGGACCAGUCUCAAGACAAUCGUUCAGCGAGGGGCUUCCCUUUUCAGCGCGGGCUGAACAAUCGUACACGAUACGCAUUUUUGUGCGUUGGACGUUUUCUCUGAUCACUGCACGAUGGGGCAUGUAAUAUUCACGACCGACAGGUUCAGGUGGUGCCCAUUCAACUAUGCCUUGUUCCAGCUGCUCAUUGAUGAUGUUGUUGUAUUCUUCGAGUUUAUUAGUGCAUUUCAAUCUUUUGACGACUGACUGAAGGCGGCGAAGACUAGCUAUACGGUUGUCAGGAGGGAUGAUUACCUUUCCAAGGCAAACACGUUUCGUACCAACCGCCGUCAGGAUCACGUGUAAGUUGUUCGCGAAAUUCCUGGUUGCUAAACUAAGAACGUCUAGAGCGCAUAAACGCUUAUAGUCUGUCGAAGAAUUAACAGCUAGAAAGCCAGUGAUGUCAUUACUUAGCUAAACCCGGGGCCAUUAUUGCCCAACCAAAACCAGUGUGCUCAGCGAUUGGUUCUCCUUGUCUACCAAUACGAGACUGAAUUGACGUGCGUAUUUUGGCGUAUUCGUUAGCGCCCAAAAUCAUGUGGACCGGUAAUUUCUGUUUGGUAGCCAUGUCGACUAAUUCGAUAUCACGCAAGUGAGCAUAGUUCUUAAUUAACUUGUAGUUGUGGGAAUUUUCUAAGCUUAAAAGUUCACUUUUCUCGAUUUUCGUGACGCGUGCUUCCAGUUAGAAAUUUCCUUUCACUGAUUAGAGACGGAUAUCGUACUGGGAAAAUUUGGAAGCGGAAAUACCCAUUAAUGUAGCAAUUCUACGCGUUUCCUUUUUAACUUCACUUGCUUGCGUGAGUUCGACUAAUCUGGCAGAAACAUCUGGCGCCACCGACUAAUCUGGCAGAAACAUCUGGCGCGUUCGACUAAUCUGGCGCCACUGUCUAAUAACGCACGGAAUUUCAUUCCACCGACUUUAACUACCACGAUUGGAUGAAUUACGGUAGUAGGAGGCAAUUUAUUUGUUCCAUUUCUCAAAUGGGUUAAAUUAACGUUUGAAGUCAUCGCCAGUUCACCUUUGUCUUCAGGGUUUAAGCAAAUGGACGUAUGAUGCCGUUUUUAGUGUGAAGUUUCUUCGAAACUUCACAGUAUUGUGAUGACUGGGGGGAAAUUCAUACGAAUCAGUCAGUCAGUCAUUCAUUCAUUCAGUCAUACAGUAAACUUUCCGGGGGGUGUAUACGAUAUAUGUUCGUAGUGAUUUAUCGUACUUAGUCAGUGCUUUGAAGGUUAUUUAGGCAAUUUCAGUUAACUUAUUUACAUAUUCUGUUAUCCUUUUGCCAAGUGCACAAAAAUAUCGAGGAAUCGCUUUCGUUAUUGUAAUUUUUUGUAAAUUUUAGAACAUUCGCUUCUCAUGUUGUGUAAAGGAUCUUUACCCCGGAACACCCGAUUUUUUCUUUAGUAGCGCAAAUGCGCAUGCGCUAUCAAGCCGUAGAUCACGAUGGCGUGACGAUAUGCAAGGCAAGGAAGGAGUGACAGUGUAGUUUUCAGAUGUAUAAACAUUUCAGACGUGAAUAUUGAGUAAAUCUUUGAAAAUCUACGCAAAAUAUAAAUUGAUCUUAUGCAUUACGGGCGUUCAAUUAAGUUCCGAUAAUAUUUAGAGGGUAUAUUCGUUAUACAGAGCUAGGAAGGAGUUAGACCGCCUAGACAGUGCAGUCAAGUGUACAAACAUUUCAGACGUUUAAAAUAUUGUUAUAUUGAGUCGAAAAUCUUUGAGAUUGUAGGCAUUCAAUUGAGUGCCGAUAUUAUUUUCACAGCAUACUCAUUAUACAGAGGUACAGUACGUAGGCAGAAGCGAGACAGUGUUGUUUUCAAGUAUAUAAACAUUUCAGACAUGAAUAUUGAAAAAAUCGUUGAGAUUCUACGCAAUAAUACAAUAUAUAAAUUUAUGUUAUGCAUUACCGGCAUCAAUUAAUAUGUAAGUGUCCAUCGAUAUUAUUUAGACCGUGUAUUCAUUAUACAUUGUCAUUGACUGUAUAAGGUGCUACAUCGCAGAAUAGAUGGCUACACUCAGUACAAAGAGCGAAAAAUUGCAUCAGAUCUGUACCAGAUCAAUAAAGCAUAAACAACUAUUCAACGGGUAAACGUUUGUACGGCGUUUACGAGGAAAAUAACUUGCGAGACUAAAGAAAUCAGUUGAGUCAGAGCUCCUUAUUUAAAUAAGAAAGACGAGGAGAUGGCCAAUGUUAUCGCCAACGUGUUAUCGCCAAUCGCUUGGCUCGCCAACAAGCUUUAUGCAAUAGAAGAAAAAAGCGAGGAGGUACAUGUAGCCAACGUGUACUGUCACGGACCUUCUCUUUGUUUACUGUCUAGCACAACGCCGUUGUCAACGGUGCAAACUCGUGUUCAGUGCGACGAUAACUCUACCAGAUCUUACGAGAAUCAAUCUGUAGUAUUCUGUACACAGAACUGUAUCAAAGCUUGUCAAACCUGCUUUAAUUUAAACACUGCUUAACUGUGAAACUAUUGAAAUCUAAAGUGACAUUAAUGUAUUCAACACAUGCGAAAAGCUGAAAAUAGACGUGACACUGGGAAAAGUCAAAGGUCAAUGAGACUUGUUAUUGUGAAGCAUGUCACAAUUAGGUUAAAAUGCGGAAGCGGAUGGAGCGGAUCCACGGGGCGAAUAUGCGGACAAAAUACGGAACGGAUGGGGAUAAAAGCGUCCUUUUAAUGAUGUAACGACGUAGUGCUUAUUAUUCAUAACAUAUCUUAUACAGCUAUUUCAAUUAUAGUUUUAGAUAAAUUUAGCAUAGCAGUAGCCUCGUGCGGAUGCUUUUAGCGACAGCUGCAAAUGCAAAUGCAAAUGAAAAUUCAGUAUAUGCAAAAUUUGGUUGUUGGUGAAACAAUUUAAAUUUCGAAUUGUCGCGUGUAGCAUCACAAUAAAUAGAUAAAUUGCAUCAGUUUCACAAGGCACGUUUCUGAUGUGUUAGGCUUGUUUCAAACGUCACGCCACUCGUGUGCCGAGCGUAUUAAAAGCAAUAAAUAAUGAGAUGAAAUGCCUUUGGUAACUGUUUAUUUCGUAGUGUAAGCCAUCAGCUUUUCUAGGUUGUCGGCGACCCUAUAUAGUUCUUGCAGUGUCUUUUUCAAUUUGAAACUUCACACUAUCCUUGGAUCCCUAGUUAAUGUGUUAGGCAGUUAUUUCCCAGAAUGUAACUGUAGAAACAUUUGCGAAGCCAGACAUAACUGCAUGCUCAUCCAUCUUAUUGCAUCGCAUUUGCAUGGCAUUGCCAAUUCCUAUAGCUAGCUCGCCACUGUCUACAAAACACGCUAGAAGGUUUAAUAUAAUUUAUCUUACUCUGUAAAGAAUCAUAAUAACAGUGAGUGCAAUAUCGUUUUUAUGAACUUUUCAACAGACCCUUGUUAAUUUUACAUUCUGCGCUGUAAGAACUCCGUUUUCAGGCUCUCCAUUCCACUUAGACUGUCCACGCUGGGGCUAUUGGAUUUGUCUCCAUUUGGUUUUGCUUUUAACAAGUAUUCAGUAAUUGCAAGGAUGUGCCUCGGACAGUAACCGACUUAAUUGCCCUUCAUUUCCUUUUUUGCUGAAAAUGUUGGUAUAAUUUACCUAUUUCCUAAUUUUGACUUCCAAAUUAUUUUCAAUCAUUUAGAUGUUAAUGAAUGUUUGAACGAUCCCUGUCACCAGAAUGCUACCUGCGUUGAUAUAACUGGUUCAUUUGAUUGUGUUUGUAAUGAAGGAUUUGUAGGAGAUGGUCGUAACUGUAGAGGUGAAGGACACGGAAGCUAGAAAUACAAACACCACUAUUUAAGCCGGUUUUCCAUUAGACAGAAUUUUGCGCUCGAAGCGGAAUUUUUCUUUAUCUUUUCUAAUUAAGGCCGUUUUCCACUUUGUCUUUUCUAAUUAGUUCCACCCGAGAAAUCGUAAGACACAGAGAAAUUCUGCUCCGCGCAGAAAAUUCUGCCUAGUGGAAAACCUUAGUUCAACCCGAGAAAUCACAAGUCAAAGAAAAAUUUCACUCCGCGCGCAAAAUUCCUCCUAAUGAAAACUGGCUUUCCUCCCUGACAAAGGUAUUGCUUAAAUUGUACUGCUAAGGCAUAAUUGUGUUGAGAAUUUCAAUUUUCCCUUACGUACAUUCGUUUGAAACAUAGUGAUGAACGAUAUUUAGUAUAUUUGCUGGAAUGUCGAGUUGAAAUGUGAAAAAUUCUUGAAGAACAUUAGCAAAUUUUUUUUAAUAACUUAUGUUUGUCCAUGAAUUGCGUUAUUGAGGAAAAUUGUAAAUCUUCCAUAAUUUCUCUGGCUUCUACAAAAAUUUCAUUGCGGUUAUAUAGUAGGUGCUUUCCUGCAAAUUAUUUCAUGUAAAGUCCCGAUCCUGGAUAACAUGUCCACUUGUAUUCUUAUUAGGCUAUAUGGUAUAUCCCAAAUUCAGAGUUUCCUGAUUAGUAAUUUUCAUUACCAAUAAUAAUGUUAACAAUUGUGAUAAAUCAUUUCAGCUUCCAACUGCAGUAUUCUUUCCUGCGGAGAAAAUGAAGAGUGUAUCAAGGAGAACGAUAUAUUUAAGUGUGUUUGUAAGGAUGAUUAUGCAGAACCCGAUUGCCGUCUGGGUAAGUGUGCAAUUGCUGCUUUGUAUAUUAUUUCCACAUUAGCGAAGUGAAGAAAAAGUUUUUAAUGUCUUCUUUCAAGAUGUGUUGGAUACAUGUGAGCCAGCUUAAUGAAACAUGUAUUCUAUAUUUUUUGGUGUAAAUAAAUGCGUUGCUCUGUUGUUUGUGUGUAUGCACGAGAAACAACCUUUUGCUUAUUGAUUUUAUACAUGAAUAAUAUAUUAUUAUGCCGACGAAAAUUCAUCGUCUGUUGUAUAACAUGCAAAGUAAAUCAGAUAUGAUCUCUCAUUUGAAUGGCUCAAGAGGUUAACACAAAUUCAUAACUGUCAACAGUCAGAUCGUUCGUCAAAACGUUCUUGUUUACGCGCUUCCCACGUAAUCCUAUUUCCUAUUUUAACCUAAAUCUCAUUUUUAGACCUUUUUUUCUUUGCUCUUAGUCAGCAACAUUUUUUUCCUACUUCGUAAGAAACUUCCAAAAUUGUUGUGCUUUGCUUCCAAAAUUGAGCGGCAAAGUAUUAACUUUUAAUCAUUCAUAAUUUAAUUUAAUUAUUUACAAAACCUAACAGUUGAAAGAACAUGCCUGGCAAGAGGUGAUCCACACUAUUCGACAUUUGAUGGAACACGUUAUGACUUUAUGGGUACAUGUGAAUACGUUCUCGCUAAAGACAGUAGAAAUAACACAUUUGAAGUAAGACAAGUGAAUGAACCAUGUGGAAAUGGAGAACCUUCCUGCACAAAAUCUCUAACAGUGAUUUUCCCAAAUGUGACUAUCCAACUAUUGCGGGGAAGUGUGAUGGUAAACCACACAGCAAUUGUUUUACCUGCAACGUAUGGAGGUAAGUUCUUUCAAACUGCAUACUACAUAUACAAUAUACAUGCUUUAAGAUUUGACGUUCAAGCUAAGAUUUCAAACUAAAUACAUUUUGCAAAUUUAGUGGAAUAUUCUUCUGUUUCUAAACACAGUAAUUUUAAAAAGGAAGUUCAUCAUAUUCCCCUUUUAUUUUUAAAAGAAGUCAGUACCAUUUUCUCUAGUAUUGGAGCAACAUUGGUGGAGGCAUUGUUGCAAACUGCUGCUUGAUGUACUAGAACAGUAACUUAUUACAGACAGUCAUUUUGCUAAUAAAUCGGAAAGUGGGUAAUAUUUAAUAGCAAUAUUCAAAAUCGAUCCUUUAUUUUUUGUAUAAAGGUGUGAGAAUAACUGAACCAAGCAACAGAGUAACGUUGAUUGAAAGUGAUUAUGGUGUAGAAGUUGAAUGGAAUAAUGUACGUAAUGUGAGAGUGACAGUGCUUGGACGCUAUCUCAACAGAACAUCAGGUUUAUGUGGAACAUUUAAUGGAAAUCCUGGAGAUGAUUUCUUGGCAAGAAAUGGAACAACUGUAGGCAAUGCUGUAACCUUUGGAAAUUCUUGGAAAACUGAACCUGGUUGUGAUGAUGCAACAGAUGUAGAACAUCCAUGUGUAACUUACUCUGACAGAAACGCGACUGCUAUAGCCAACUGUUCAGCUUUGUCAUCCUCUCCAUUCAAUACCUGUACAAGCCAGAUUAAUCCAGAUUCAGAGGGUUAUAUUACCGAUUGUGAGUAUGAUGUAUGUGCUUGUGGUGAUGAUCCUAUAGUUUGUCUAUGUCAAGCAAUAGAGGCCUAUGUCAGUGAUUGUAAUUCAACUGGAGUGGAUAUUGAUUGGCUGAGUGAUCCACGAUACAAACAAUGUGGUAAGUGAUCAAUCUAGUUGAAUUUCAUCGCCAAGUCUAUUGAAAAUUUUGGAACUUUGGAAACUCAAAUUUUAUAAUUAUUAUGCGGAAAUUCCGAGUUUCACAUAUGGAAUGCACAUUUGAAGAACGUGAAAUGUUCCAAUUCUUUGCACAUAAUUUCACAUGUGAAAUACUGAGUAAAAUACAUGAGUAUCAAACUCAGUGCCAGACUGUUCGAUGCAAUGAAAAAUGAUGAUACCUUUUACGUGAACGAAAAUACGUGGCUAUUUAAAGACGUCAAAGAAACUCAAGUUUUCGAAUGACUUCAAUAAGGAAAUGGUUUAUGGCGAUGUUGUUCAUUAGUAAUCUGAAAUGCAUCGCAAAUUGUAUGGUCAUAUACGAGUUGUUUGCUGAUGUGUUAACCCACGACCUGUUCAAAAUAUUUCCUCCAAAUAUUACUACUAAAGAAAACUACGACGGGAAUGUCUUAGGGUGGAAUUGCUAAACAUUUAUUAACAGAAAUUUUAACUGUUUUAAUCUGAUUUAGGUUCACCAUGUGCCAGUGAUCCAUGUUUCAAUGGUGGGACAUGUUCAAAUGAUGGACAGUCAUUCUCUUGCUCAUGUCGUGUUGGAUAUAAUGGUGAUCGCUGCGAAAUCGAAGGUACAAACAUUAUUUUCAAGAACGGACUGGAUGUGUUGUUUAGUUGUUGAUGUUUGCAUAUUGCUGUUUAGUAUAAAUUUUGCAUACCAAAUGAGCUUUCGCGCGUUCUGAUUGGCUAGUUGACUAGUAACUAUGACGCAUUAUUUAGCACGAGACUAGUAAAUUAUUCUUUUCAAAAAGAAUGAUUUGGCAAAUUUAAAAAAAAAUAUUUAUGAAAACAAGUCGUCCCCAGAAACAGAAAGAAGCAGAAAAUGUUGCACUGAACUUGAAAGGUAAGAUUCCUUUAUUAUUUUACUGUGUCAAGCAUAUUCAAAGAAAAUUUAAAACUUAUUUAAAACUCAAAAAAAUUCCCUUCAAACAAAGAGAAAAAACUUUCCCGACUGUUGGGAAAAACCUUGCCGUGAUAUUCUUUUAAAACCAUUUUGUUUUGUAUCCUAUAGAUGUCUCAAUUUCAUACUAUGAAAAGUGUAUUAAAACUUGAUUUCGAGGCAGUCUAGCAAUUAUAGUUUUACAUUCCAUUUUACCAAAUUUCUCAGCCAUUUCCUCAUCAAAUACUAUUUUCUAAUUCUAAUUGUCUGUUGAAAAAUUCAUUCCAUCAUUGUGUUUAUAUUCUAAGCAGAUAUCGAGAAAAAGCAACUUUGUUAAAAGCAAUAAAGUCACACACGAAGCCAUAUAUUUUGAAAACGUGCGUGUAAAAGAAACACUGCAGCACUAAAAUUAGAGUAGCCGUGAACCGGCCAAAAACAGUUUUAUUUCUGAAUUUUAAUUAAACUGAUAUUUGGAUGUUUUGUUUUAUUCAUUAAAAUGUUAAAUAUUUUCUCUUUUCUGAUUUGUUCCCCAGAAAUAAUUUUGCGGAACGGUAUUUUAAUUUAUUUCAUAACAAACAAUAAAUGUUUCAUGUAAUUGACCAUUUGCGUAAUAGACUAAAUUUUGAUCUAAACAAGUCUAGACAAAAAUUUCAUCACAGGUUGAAAGAGCAUCACAAAAUUAAUAAUAUUCCAAAGUUUCGUUGCAAAAUGUUGUAAAAUGCGGAAAAUAUAGCCUUGCGAAGUUUGCAAUUUUCAGUCAUUUUAGAUUACAACCCCAAAUUUAGUCUAUUACGCAAGUGGUCAAUUAUUUACUUAGUUCUAAAAGUAGGCUAGUUUGCUAAUUUUUCUGUUGUGGUUUUUAUAUUUGAAGUACAGUGCCUAUAUCACUUGUGGUACCUUUCUGGAUUUGAAAAAGCGUUAAAAGUUAGAUAAUAAGUUCAAUUUUAGUGCAAUAGUUUUGAGGAUAUAGGCAUUGAAACAACGGACUGUUCCCGAGUCCCAGCCUCCUGCGGUCUAAACACGGCUAUUGAAUUUGGCCUUUUUCCAAACUGCCAUUGUGUAUAGGAGCCUGGGACUCAGGAACUGUAUGUAGUUUGGAGGCCUGUAUUUUCGAAAUUAUUGCACUAAAUCAAAAAAAUCUGUUGAACCUAUUAACUAACUUUUUACGCUCUUUUCAAAUCCAUAAAGGUCCCACAAGUGAUAUAGGCACUUUAAAUUAAAAUUUUAAUUGUGUAGUAUUUCUAUCCUGUUGUUCUUUUAUUGAUUACUUCAUAAUUUAGCUUGCGUACACUUUCUUGCUCUUUCACUUUUAUCCACUGGAAAAAUUUUGAAAGUCUAUAUAAGGUCAUAGAUUGCAAAUUGUAUGGAACUUUAUUGGAAAUAGAAUAGAUUUUGAUGAACCUUAAGAAUUGAUGAUCCUUAAUAAAUGAAAAAUGGAUAUUUUCAUAAAAUUCUUUAAAAUAAUCGAGAUAAACAACAAAUCAAAUUCCUUAUUUUUGGUACUUUUUUCUGAUUAAUUCUCGUAAAAUCAGAAAGUUUUAAAACAAGUUUGCAAACCAACAUGAUUUUCUAAGCGAUACAACAUUUUUACUAUUUAGGAAUCUCACUGAGUAAUCAAAUUUACUAUAAGAAACUCAAUUUUUCAAAAUUAUUGGUAAACCUAAUAUACUGUGGUACAUACCACCGGUAUUCUGUAGUGAUUUUAGUAUUUACCUUCAGGGCCUAUAUCAGAGAAAUUCGCGGGCCCGCGGCAAAUUUUUGUUUCGGUGGCCCUAUUUUUCCGGAAAAUGUUGGCGAGGGGGGGGGGGAAUUUUUUUUUUCGGACAUUAAAAUAGGGUCAAAAAAAUUUUCUGGUGGAACAUUACCUAAACUAAGUUUUAAAGAAAUUUUUUCCGGACAAAUUCCUAUUACAACAUGGGUCAACCCCUUUUUUUUCGAUCAAUCAAUGUAAAAUUUUGCUUUAGAAAUGUUUUCUCAUACCAUUAUUUCUAUAAAAAACGUUCGAAAUUUUUUUUUUAGUUUUUGCAAAAUUGGUGGCUCCCUUAAAAUAGGGGCCCGGGGCAAAUUACCCCCAGUUUCCCCCCCCCCCUCUGAAAGGCCCUAUUUACCUUCCACCAUACUAAGUUAGAAAUAUCUGUACAGUGUGUUAUCACACAACAUGCCACACUAAGGUGCUGUUUAUAUGGUCUCGGGUACUAGGGACACCUUAGCUACCCCCCGAGCUACCCUGGGAGAGGCAAAAUUAUAUUCAUUAUAUAACAUUUAAAUGCAAGUGUUUAUAUGGAAAGUUUUCAACUCGUCUCGGCUGCUAGGCUCACCCUGGUGGUAGGGACACCCUGUUUACGAAAGAGGGUUACCCUUGUAGGAGGGACAACUUUUGUCCAUGCAAAAAGUUUGCGUUGAUUUGCCUCGGCCUCCAGGGGCAACUUUUUAGACCUACGCAUGCUCAAUAGAAACUUUUUAUUAAAAACAACAUAAACAAACAAAAACGAAGCAUUUCAAACAAAAAACGGAGUAUUCCCCGCGUUAUGCCUUUAUCAUAUAAACGCACGGUAAAGUUGUCUCGGAGGGUAGAGUGUCCCUCAUUGUACCCGAGACCAUAUAAACAGCGCCGAAGUCCUCGUACAAUUUGAUAAACCGUUCGUUACUUAUUGCCGUACUGGUAUCAUAUGGUAUCAUACAUUAUGAUUUUAUCCACUGAAUGUCCGAUUAAAAUAACAAUAGAAUCUGCCAAAUCUAACCCCAAGACCCCACAUGUAGAAAAAAAUAAUGCAAAACUAUACUAAAAAAAUUUAACAGGCUAUGUCAUAUGCAUUUGACAAAAAAUAGGGAACAUGUAAAUUUGUGUGGUAUUCUGUGGUACAUAUACCUAUAUGUAAUAUCCUCAAUGUUCUACUUGACACUUACAUGCAAUGUUUUAUUUUUUUUAGUUUCUAGUUGUGAUCAGUUAACUUGUGGUGCAAAUGAAAUUUGUGUUUCGGCUGGAGAUACAUAUGAAUGCGUUUGUCAUCCCGAUUACGAAGGAGAAAAUUGCCAAGCUAAAGGUCCGUAUAAUUUAAUAACGUCGUCUUUUAAUGAACUAAUUGAAUUGACAAAAAUACCUAUUCAGGAAACCAACAUCACAGGAGGUGUUUUUCAGAUGGUUCCUGUAAAACAUUAAAAUACAAAGUAUACAAAAUAUAUCUAGUGUGCGUGCAGCAUUUACAUAUUGGUAUAUGGAUGUAUAUGAUAUACCAGAAAAAUUAUGAGACUAUAGGAUACAUGAUACUAUACAUAUUUACAAAGAUACAAAGAGUUGUAAGUUAUAUUUUAAAUAUACGGUAGAGUAUUAUAAAGAUAGAGAUUUGAGAAGUUCAUUUAUAAAGUUCCUAACUGUUCAAUGGAUCUAGUAUUAUAGUCCAAAUCGUUGUACUCUUUACAAGCCUAGUAAAGAGUACAACGAUUACGAUUAACGUCUCCGACGAUAUUCUUUCUCGACCUGCGCCCAUUUUCUAUUUUACGACUACAUUGUUUCUAAUGUAACAAAACCCUUUUGAAAUCCUCACUAAAAAAUCUUUUCAACAAGGGAUUUGUAUGCCGUCAAACCAUUAUAGAAGUCAAUACAAUCGACAGAAAUAAAAACAAUCGUAAAUUUAUUCAACCUUGACCAAACAUUCCGUAUUUCGUUCGUCUCAAGAUGAUCUGAGUAAAAUACUCCUUGUAUUCAAGCGUUCUUAUGUAGAAAGUUUUUAAUUUUUCAAUAUAUCAGCUGUUUAUACCCGCACGCGCGUGUCACGUGUAUACAGAUAUACUUGUAAGCCACGGCUAUCAGCAGGGCGUUGACGUUGACUCUUUUCACAUGAGUCCACAAUCGAACCCACACACUCAGAAAUGAAAGGCGCUUGCUGUAACGACUGGGCCACUGAUGUCCACGUAUUUCAAGCUGUAUGAUAUUCCAGGUAUAGAUAUUUAUUUUUGUGUUUCUUUUAGUUGAAGCAACAUGUAAAGCUCAGGGAGAUCCACAUUACUCGACAUUUGAUGGAAGACGUUAUGACUUUAUGGGUAGAUGCGAAUAUGUUCUGGCUAAAGACCGUGUAAACAACACAUUUGAAAUAAGGCAAACAAAUGAACCAUGUGGAAAUGGAGUAGCUACAUGCACAAGAUCAUUAAUAGUAAUCUUCCCAAAUAUAACAAUUGAACUUCGAAGAGGAAAGACUUUAGUAAAUGGUGUGGAAAUCACAAUGUCAGCUAAUUAUGGAGGUAAAACAAACGUCAUAUGUUGCUUUAAUUAAAUUCACAUACAUUGCGUGCUGUUUAAUGAAGUGUUAUGGAGAAGUGAAACGUUACUGAAUAAUCCAGUGUUAGAUUUUGUAGCUAUACAUAUUGAUUGUGGAUAUUGAUUCUUUUUGGCGAUUGUAAGAAAGAACCCUGUGGCAAUUGAUACACCAGACGGAAAUCUUAGUUUAAAGAUAAAGAGCAAAGCCUAGCAAAUAACUUUAAAUCCAAACAUAAUAAAAGUAAAACAAAUUAUUAGCUAACGUUUCGUUGUUUACAAUACAACAUCUUCACAGCAAUCUAAAUAAAUUUACAGGGUAUGGUACAUAUAUUUACAAAAUAAUGGUUUAAUAUUACAGAAAUGAUUACAUAAUUUGAAAGAACAAAUGAGUAGAAACUGGAUAAAGGAAAUGGGAUUGUUAUCAUAAACCGCAGCGACCACAAAUCUAGAAUGUUUGACACUCUUAAGGAUAACACUAAAUUCGAACAGUUAAAAAUGCAGAAAUGUAAUAUAUAUAAAGAAACUGUAAAACGCGAAGACAAAGUUCGUAAACUCCUUAAUGAACUCAAGAAUAAAGAACUUAUAUCUGAACAACAGCAUGAUGAACUUACGCCCAUUGGUUCUCGGCCAGGUGUUCUAUAUGGUUUACCUAAAGUUCAUAUAUAUAAUAAGCCUUAAUUUUCAAUUAAGGCUUAUUACCUCUGCUAUAGGAACUCAUGCUUAUAUACUUGCUAAGUUUCUUGUACCACUUAUCCGUCCUUUGUCCACUAAUUCGUACACUAUUUCUGAUACACGAGCCGAAGGCGAGUGAUUUUGCGCGCUUUUCAGAACUCGAGCAACAUUCCCAAGUGUUUGGAUCAGGUCAUCCAAACACGGAAACCAUGAAGUAAUUGUUUUAUAAAAUAACAACUUUCCGUGUUAAAAUUUCACUUUAAAAAACUUUCUCUUUCAAUUUCCGUGUUUGUAUGACCUGAUCCAAACACGGGUUUCGACCAAUCAGAGCACGCGUUAUAUAUAUAUUUUAUUUUAUAAAGUUCGUUACCAGAAAAGUAAGAUUUUUACGAUUGCCAUUAGGCUACAACACACCAUGCUUACUUAUACUCACCUGAAUGCUUCGAUAGCAGUUUAAAUAUUAUUUCAAUAUUGCACAACCGUUCAUAGAUCGGUGAGACUAGUUUUUCCGUAAAAAGUCGCCUUUAACAUAUUAUUUUUUUACAAGGUGUCAACAUCACUGAAAGUAGAAAUGGAAAUAGGAUAAAUACAAUAGUAACAAGCGUCUAUGGUGUAACUGUCCACUGGAACAAUGUCUAUAACGUACGAGUGAUAGUUGGAGGUCGGUAUUUAAACAGAACAUCAGGUUUAUGUGGUACAUAUAAUGACAUGGAAGAUGACGACUUCUGGGCAUCUAAUGGUACAAUUGUAACUAAUCCAGUGGAAUUUGGAAAUUCUUGGAAAGUUGAUCCAGACUGUGAUGAUGCAAUUGCAGUAGAACAUCCCUGUGUUGUCAACUCAGACAGAAGAUGGAUAGCACAAGCCAACUGUUCAACGUUACUCAGACCUCCUUUUAAUGAGUGUUCAAGCCAUAUAAAUGCGACUGAAGAAGGACAUAUUGCUGAUUGUGAAUAUGAUAUGUGUGCUUGUGAAGAUGAUCCUGUUGUUUGUUAUUGUCAAGCUCUCGAGGCUUAUGCUGAUGAUUGUGCUUCCUUUGUUGAUAUACAGUGGGAGAACUUGGAAGAAUUUGCAGUUUGCGGUAAGAUAAUAAUAAUAAUAAUAAUAAUAAUAAUAUUUAUUCAGGAAGCUCCACUCACCGAAGUGUUUUUCAUGGAGGUCCUGCAAUAUAUAUAUCUAUAUUAUACAUGUUAUUCGUAAACUAUACGUCUAUGCUUAUUUAAAAACUAUAAAAUAUUUACAAGUGGAUUAUAUAUAAUUAUACUUCAUAGUUAGAAAAAACUCAACUUAAUUAGAUAUAUUGUUCAACUUAAUUAGAUAAAUUGUUUUAGUUUGGAUUUAAAGAGAUUAAGAUUAGUAGAUUGUUUCAGUUCAAUAGGUAAAGAGUUCCAUUCCGAUACCGAGUGAUAAGUGAAUUGCUGUUUUCACCAAUUCGUACGUGGGCGUGGAAGGUAGUAAUUGUUAUUCUGGCGUGUUUUGUGGCUAUGUAUACGGGAGAUUAUGGCAAGGUUAAAAUCAAAGUGGACUAGAUGGUUAAGACAUUUAAAGACGGAGAUACAACGGUGGUAUUUUCGACGUAGGUAAAGGGGUUUCCACUCUAGAGUUUCAAGGGCUUCGGUAGCGGAGGAAUGGCGAGGAAGAUCAAGGAUAAGUCUCGCAGCGUUAUGUUGCAGAACUUGAAGGUGGUUCAUUAGAGUGGAGUUGUUUUUAUCUCCCCACACGAUAUCACUGUAGUCCAAUAGAGGGAGCACUAGGCUGUUGUAGAGGGCGAGUCUGGCUUGAAUAGGGAGUAAGAAUUUUAUGCGGCGAAUGAGACCAAGGCGUUGAUUAAACUUCUUGCUGAUGUUGUCGAUAUGUUCUGACCAGGUUAAGUUUUGAUGAAUUGUAACUCCUAAGUAUUUGAAGGAGUCAAUUCUAUCAAGUAUGGAAUCGUUAACCGUGAUGGAAACAUUGUAAAAUUUUGCAACUUUGCGAGAACUUCCGUAAAUUACAAAUUUACACUUGGAGACAUUAAGUGUCAGAAGAUUGUCGUUAAACCAUCUGCAUAAGUGUUUUAGAUCGGAAUUUAAUUUCAUUUCAAGAUCGCAAGCAUUGUUUGAAGAAAAAUAUAUCACAGUGUCGUCAGCGUAUAAGGAAAUUUCACAAUGAUUGAUACAAUAAGGCAAAUCAUUAACAAAAAUAAGAAAUAGUAGUGGACCCAGAACACUACCGUGAGGAACUCCAACAGGAACGUGUUUGAAGGAGGAAACAGUGUUAGCCAGGGCGGUAAGUUGAUUUCUAUGCUUAGGUAUGACUUGAACCAGUUGACAGAAUCAUUGGAGAGACCAGAUGAGGCAAGCUUUUCAAAUAAAAGAGAACGGUCGACAGUAUCAAAGGCUUUAGCCAGGUCAAGAAAAACAGCUCCGCUUACUAAACCUUUGUCCAUGUUAGCCAAAAUGGUGUCCGUGAAAUGUGCGAGCGCAAUCUCAGUGGAAAGUUUAGGUCUGAAACCAAACUGUCGUGGUGUUAGUAUUUUAUUGUCAAUAAGGUAGCAGUAAACUUGGAGUGAACUGCUUUCUCGAGAACUUUACUGAUUGUUGGGAGUAUCAUGAUUGGUCUGUAAUUGCUAGCAUUGGAUUGGUCUCCAGAUUUAAAAAGCGCUGUUACUUUACCAGACUUCCAGGUUUAUGGAAAUGUCGAGGAAAUGAGUGAACGAUUGAAAAGUUUGGUUAGGAUGGGAGUUACAACACUGGAAGAAUCUUUAAGUAACCUAGCGCUGAUUUUGUCGAGUUCUACAGCUUUGUUGGUUUUAAGAUUGUUCUGA